UUCGCAUCUAUUAUUGUCGAAUCUCUGUCUAUAAUGCGUCAAAAUAAAUAAAAAUGGAAAUCAGAUUCCGUCUUCAUUAUUGGCCGAUACUAACCGGAUUUUGGUUUAUUUUGACGUUUAUAAUAUCCUAUUUAGUGGCAAUUUACAACGACCAUGUAGUAAAAUUUUUCCCUUAUAUUAGUGAUACCGGCACAGUUCCUCCUGAUAGUUGUAUUUUUGGACAAAUGUUAAAUUUUGGGGCUGUUUUUAUGCUAAUCACAAUGUAUGUAAGAUAUAGAACAUUGCAAUUGAUCCCCCAGAGACGCUAUCUCAAAGCUUUCCAAGUGUUGAACCGUUGUUCGAAUCUUUUCGGUUCUCUCUCUUGUCUAGGAAUUAGUAUAGUGGCAAACUUUCAAGAAAAGUCGGAAAUAACCGUUCAUUUUAUUGGAGCAUUUAUGGCAUUUGGGGUCGGGGCGGUGUAUUGCAUUAUUCACGCGUAUUUGACUUGGUUCUCAUACUCGAGUAAAUUUCUGAAAUAUUUGAGGAUAUUGUUAAGCAUCUUACUCAUACCAUCUUACGUGUCAACCUCUGUUUCUAGUACUCUAGCUUUUAAUAAGUUUAAUGGAAAAAAUGCACUCAAGUGGAGUAAUAACGAUGACGGGUAUGAAUUACAUUUAGUUGCAACUUUUUCUGAGUGGAUUAUGGCCAUUGUUAUGGCUGCAUUUGUAACGACUUACUAUGUGGAAUUUAAAUUAGUUCGGUUUAAAGAAAUCUCUUUUACAAUUGAUGAAUAAACAAAAUAAUUAAAACAUUAA